UCAGCUUUGAGGGAUCUCUUCUCCAGUUUUGACCAAUUCACACACCGACUGUCUGCUGUUCCUCUGACGUGGACAUCGGCUUGAAGAAGGGCUCAGAGUUUCACCUCACGUCGGGACAAAUAAAACAAAAUGCCUGGACCAGCAGCAAGUGCAACCAAUGUUGGGGCGUCGAGCCGUUCCCCCAGUAAGACGGUGGCUCCCCGGGCAGCCGGCUCCACAGUCAGACAGAGGAAAGCUACCAGCAGCGGUGCACGAAGCGCUGGCAGGGCCACAGGAGCUGCGGGUACUGGUGGCAUGUGGCGCUUCUACACAGAAGACUCGCCAGGUCUCAAAGUCGGUCCAGUGCCAGUGCUAGUGAUGAGUCUGCUCUUCAUUGCUUCGGUCUUCAUGCUGCACAUCUGGGGGAAGUACACCCGCUCUUAAACUCUACCUGAUGACCUCUGACCCUGCAGCUUGGCUUCUUAACACAUUGGACUUGGACCAAACAACAAAUGAACAACAACAACAUACUCCCCUGGUUUCCUUCUGCAUCAUCACUGCAACAAACGACUUGAUUUCCUCUUCUUUUUUUUAUGCGACUGAAUCAGUCCAUGAUCUUCAUCUGCAAGGAUGUUGGUAUCCACCUUGUUGCUUUUGCCCUUCUUGUGUUUUUAAGAUCUGAAGGGCUGAACGGGAGCAAGCCAUACUAGCCCACCACUGAUGUAAUGUGUGUGUGUGUGUGUGUGUGUGUGUGGCUCUCCCUCCAAGCAGCGUGUUCCCACCACUGCUUACGGUUCAGUGCAAUACUCAAGGACAUUGUUGUUUUCAGGCCCCAGCAAACAUUUCUUCUUGUACCCUAAAUUCAUUUUUUUUAACAGCAUUUGUACAAAUGUAAUUGUAAUAUUGUACAAUAAAAAAUAAAAGGUAAAUCAAU